AUGGCUCUCUUUCUCGCUGUCACCAUUCUUUGGGCUCUGAUCUGGCUACUGUAUCGUGCGUGGCAGGUCUGUCAAACUCCCAACGACGUCCUGGUGGAAAAGCUCGGCUUGGACAUCCCUCCGCCACCAGAAGUCACCCUCGAGGAGAUCACCGCCCGUGAGAUCCGCAUCGCUUGGAAACAGCCCGAAUUCCACAAUUCCAUCCACAAACACAUCAUUCAGCUGAACGGCAUCAAGGGUACCCUCGGCAAUGGCUCCCUCGAAUCUCUAUCUGUUGAUACUAAUGAGUUCUCAGUGGGCGAGUCGAAACGAGCGGAAACCGCAGUCGAAAUCCUCAACUUGGUUCCUGGCAGCAUCUACCAUAUCUGCGUCCUGUCCGUCAGUGCGGCAAACUUCCAGACGCCGAGUGCUAUCAUCCACGUGCGCACGAAAUCGCUGCCUUUGUCCCAGACCCAGCAAAAUGCGACGGUCGGCAACCCUGCCAUCCGGGCGUCAAUUCCCCGGUCUACCGCCGGUCUUGCUGCCCCGUCGGCCCCUGUGAUGUCUCGAGAGCACAGCGGAGGACAGCUCCAAGCGAAGCGAUCUUCGGCCGGGCGGAAACCGUCUCCUGCAGCGAGCGGGACGGAGAUCUCACAUGGCAAUGCGGAGGAGUCCCAGAAAAGUGCGGCGAACGACGAUCACGAUGAGACACUCGAACAACUCGCCGACCGAUUGAAAUCACUCCAGCAUGAGAACGAGACCGUGGAGAAGCAGACUGCCGACGAGGAGGAAGAGCACAUUGCACUUCUAAAGGAACUCGAGAAGCAGCGCGACGACCUGAAGAAGCGAGUCAAGGAGAAAGACGAAGCGAGCGGCGAUUUGAAGAAGCACGUUUACAAGCUGGAGAGUGUCAACCGUACUGUGCAGAGUGAGAAGGCGAAGCGAGAGAGACUCCUACAGCAGAAAGAAUCUGAGCGCAAGAAGCGGAAGUCCGACAUCGUCCGGUGGCAGGGCCGGGUUGAAAACAUGAAUCGCGAUGCGGCUGAGUCGAAGGAGGAAAAGACUCGACUGGAAGAAGAGGGGAAGCAGCGUGCUGAUGAGGUCCGGGAGAAGAUUGCAAAGGAGCAGGCAGAGAUGAAGCUCAUCGAUGACGAAAUCCAAGACAAAGGCGGACGUGUCAAGAAGUUGGAGGAAGAGAGACAGAACCAUCAGGAAGCAGAUAGUGAGGAUGGAAGGGAAUUGGAUCGGAUCGACAACGAACGAGCCCGGCAGUGGGAUAUCAAAUUGAGCAAUCUCCACGCUCGCUACGCAACCCUCGUCAACCUCCACACCCAGGCCCAGCAGCAGUACCAGGAGGCUCAGGAGCGCUUGAAGUGGCUGACUACCCAACGUACCGGCAGCACAGGACCCUUUUCUCUCCCUGCUCUCGACCUGGAUCUCUCCAACACUGCGACCAUCCGCCCGCGUCGACACCGCAGCUCACUCGCCAGCAAUGUUUCCUCUCCCAUGAACUUCACGGCCAUGGAGCCAUCAUUCUCCGGCGGCAUCACCUAUAAUCCUCCUGCCACGAGCUCUCCCACCUUUGGCCCGACGUCUGCUUUCUUCAAUAUCACCAAUGGAAUGACCCUCCCGAGCUUGUCGGGUCAAUCGGACACCACAAGGGGGUACUCGGAUUUGUCUCUUGGAAACCCGCAGAUGAGCCCUCGCGCCGAUGCGUUACUUCCUUCCGAUCUCCUUGGGGAUGAAGAAUCGCCCGAACUUCCCCGCCCGGUCAUUCGUUCUCUAUUCUCCAACAUUGAGCAGUCAAGCACCCCGCUCGAGUUCCCCCAUGGACCGCCCUCGCCCGAUUCUGCGGGGAGCCGGCCAGAAAGCCUUUUCGCCAGUCCGGAAAAUCAAGCGCAUACGAAAGACAUCGAGUCUCAGCCCGUGAAUCUAGAGGUGGACGAGGCGCCGAAGAGUGCAUCGCGCAGGCUCUCCGGGCUAUUUAGCUUCCAUCGGCCUCGCGGUAAAACGCUGGCCGACGAGCCUCCUCUGCUGGGUAGUCUGAAACCAGGCCAAAGUCAGUCGUUCCCCCGUAAUCUGGAUGAGAUGGAUCCCAUCGGGGCUAGACGUCGUCGGCUGAGCUAUACAGGCAACUGGGCGAACCCGAUGUCCUUGUUCCCCAGAAGCAACACAACAGGUGUUACCACGGAUAGCUCUUCCGACCAUCUCCCCUCUCGUCGCGCGGCAUUUUCCAGCAUUUUCUCGCCUAGCCGAUUUGGUUUUGGCAGUGGCGGCAGCUUGCUCAAGUCUAGUGAGAACUCCGACCUCAGCACCGGAUAUAACCAGUUCAGCCCUCGGCACGAUCCUAUCGACCCCUCCUCCAUCUUGGGUACCGUUCGUCGUGAUUCGCUGUCCCCACGGCCCUCAUCAACCUUCUCCUUCGAGAACCAGCUACCUCAUCCCUCUACGGACAAUCGGCACUUCGGUUGGCCGUCGGCUGAAAAGCAAGGCCAUCGGAGUCCCCUGGGGUUUGACUGGGCCUCUCCAUCUACAUGGUCACGAGUGCAGUCGCGCCGGCCAUCUACGCAGUACGGCUCCUCUGGUCACCUGCCUCUAAGUCUCACCGGAGAGCCCGACUUCCUUCAAGAUUCAUUCGAGCGACAGGGUCGGCCAUUGCAAGCGCCUAUCGGCACACGACCAUCAUCAUCUCACCGGCCAGUCACCCCGAAGUUGAACCCUGCAGCGCCCACCUUCCGGACUAUUUUUGGGAAACGAUCGGACAAGAGUAAAGAGAAGGAGAUGGCAGCGGAGCGAGAUAUAUACGCCCCAUUUGAUUUUCACAUGGAAGAAGGCUCUCCGUCCGAGUCGCGGAUCUCCCGGGAUUCUCGGUCUCUGUCCGUUUACACGGGUGACUCGUAUGAGUCUCUGGAACGUAUGCCUUCGGCGGGCUCGCUGGAUAACGGGAGCUCGAAAGAGUCGUUUAUCCGCAAAAUCACCCGAAAAGGCAGCUCCAGCAAGUUCAGUUCCUGGAAGGAUCGGUCGGGUCUGUUCUCCAAGAAGGGAGAUCCUUCGCAAGGCGACAUCGACGAGGACGCACAUAGCGAGGCGCUGCUGGCCAAGAGUGUGGACAGCACCGUUUCCAGCGCGCCGUCGGCAGAUCGGUCGACCCGAAGCAGCCUGGGAUUCUUCAGUCGCAUGUCCAGGAAGUCGGACAGGGCGGCCAGCGAGACGAGUGAAUACCCGAGUGAGCAGGUUAGCGAGGCAGAGGAGGAGGAAACGGUGGAGGAGGAAAUCCAUGCAUCCUAG